AACAUAAUCCCGGGGUGUCUUAGGGACGGCGAGCCGCCUCACACCUUGCUCUUGAGGGAAGGGAAGGGAAGGGAAGCUCCUAUAUAAAGCCGCUGACCACCCCGACAGGCAACACUCCGCCUACACGAGCAUCAACGAUAUCAACAUGAAGGUCCUCGCCGCCCUGCUGUGCCUCGCCGCCGCCGCCUCCGCCAGGAUGGCCUACAGGUUCUCCGACGGCUACCUCGACAUCCUCGGCGCCGAGCCCGUCCAGAACUUCGAAUGUCUGGGCCGAUCCUACGGCUACUACGCCGACGUGGCCACCGACUGCCGGGUGUUCCACGUGUGUCUGCCCAUCACCGACGACGCGGGCGAGGUGGCGGAGACGGCGCACUUCUCCUUCGUGUGCGGCAACCAGACGGUGUUCAGCCAGGAGUCCCUCACCUGCGCCACGCCCGCUGAAGCCAUUCCCUGCACCGACUCCGAGUCUCUCUACGAAAUCUCCAACUCUGAGUUCGGUAUUGUCGACGACCUUGAGCGGAAGUAACACGGCAACCCUGUAACACACACGCCCCUCUGAUCGUCCCUCGCAUUACUCAUGUUAACGGAUACUGCUUUUUUUUACCGCCCAAAUAAAUAACUCAUGCCAA